UUCCUUAAGAAAACUAUCAUACUCGAAAAUCUAAACCAAAGUAAAGUUUAACGUCAUGGAGAUAGAGCUAGUGUUCAUACCUUCACCAGGCAUCGGCCAUAUCCAAUCAACAACGUCGAUGGCAAAGCUUCUUGUAGCCAGCGACGAUCGCAUUUUCAUCACUCUCAUCAUCAUUCCUUCACAGUUCUCCAGCGACGCUUCUUCUUCUUACCCGAAGUCCGAAUUAGACCGUCUCCGAUAUUUUCACCUCCCUGUAGGAGAUCAAACAACUCAGCAAACAUUCAUCUCUUACAUAGAGAGCCAGAAACCACACGUCAGAGCCGCCGUAUUGGAACUCACUAAGAACGUUCCUAAACGAUCUGGCUCGCGGCGCCGCCUCGCGGGGAUUGUUUUAGACAUAUUCUGCAUGUCCAUGAUAGACGUCGCGGAAGAGUUUAACUUACCGGCUUAUACAUUCUACACGUCCAACGCUUCUUUUCUAGGACUCCUCUUCCAUGUUCAGUCUCUUUACGACAAUAACAAGCUCGACGUAAGCGAGUUAAAGAACUCAGACGCUGAGUUUGACGUUCCCACUCUCACUCGUCUUUUUCCGGCAAGGUGCUUGCCUUCAGUGAUGAUAAGCAAAGAAUGGCUCCCAUCUGUUUUGGCUCGAGCUAGGACGUUGAGAGAAACUAAAGGUAUAUUAGUAAACUCGUCUGGGGAGAUGGAACCUCAGGCGCUAAAGUUUUUCUCCGACAUGAAGAGUAAUACUCCUCCGGUAUACGCGGUGGGACCAAUCUUGGACUUUAAAACCGACGAUGGAGAUGAGAAAGGGACGGAGAUUUUACGUUGGCUAGAUGAGCAACCGUCGAGAUCAGUGUUGUUCCUCUGCUUUGGAAGCAUGGGAGGGUUCGGUGAGAAACAAGUGAGAGAAAUAGCUGUGGCGCUGGAGAGAAGUGGCUACCGCUUCCUUUGGUCACUCCGACGCCCUUCUCAUUUGAGACACAUGAAUGGUUCUCCUCCCGAGGAGUUCAAAAACUUGGAGGAGAUUCUCCCGGAAGGGUUUUUAGAUAGGACCGCAAAGAUCGGGAAGAUAAUAGGUUGGGCUCCACAAACAGCUGUUCUCGAGAGUCAUGCGAUAGGAGGUUUCGUGACUCAUUGUGGAUGGAACUCGAUUCUCGAGAGUGUUUGGUUUGGUGUUCCGACAGCGGUCUGGCCUAUCUUCGCUGAGCAACAGUUCAACGCGUUUCAAAUGGUGGAGGAGCUUGGUUUGGCGGUGGAUAUUAAGAAAGAAUAUCGGAGAGAUUCUUUGUUGGAAGAGCCGGAGAUGGUGACGGCCGAGGAGAUAGAGAAAGGGAUCAAGUGUGUGAUGGAGCAGGAUAGUGAGAUGAGGAAGCGGGUCAAGGAGAUGAAGGAUAAGCUCCGCACGGCGUUGCUGGACGGUGGAUCUUCCAAAGCUGCUGUGAAGAUGUUUGUCAAGGACGUGGUCGAAAACAUUCCAAAUAAUGUAUUUUGAUGGUCAUGGAGGAGUGAAUAAGGACAUAUCUUAAAUGGGAUAAUUACUAGUAUCAAUGUCAUUGUUAAGUGUUAUCCGGUAACCAAUUACUUAUGUCCCAAGAAACAACAGUUAUGGCAAGGAUUCUUGAAUUAGUGUAAUUUGUCAAUAACAAUGUCGUUAAAGUUUACAUGGGAGUCGAGAAAAACUGUCACGAAUAAAAAAAUAAUGCUUAGACAAAGGCAUCAACACGCCAAAUAUAUCAUGUGAAGUUAAAACGAGUCGAUUCUAUUAGACUACAGGAUAACAAUAUUCAAUAGACAUGCAGCGUAUAAAGACUCGGUUUAGCUUCAUAUGGUUCUAAGAUAAACCAAAACCGAACGAGAACCAGCUGGUUCCAGCUAAAAUACACAAGACUAUAAUUCUCUACGUUUCAUGAUUUGGAAUUUAAUUACUAAGA